UUCCAACUAAUACUGGGUUUAAUUCUUUGUCUAACUAUAUGAUUCACAAAGUUAUUUACCUUUUACUUGAGUUGUAAUUUAAAACUAAGGGUUUUGAAAAGACACGAACUACAAAAUAAUUCGAUAUAAAACCGGAGAUUCCGAGCACUAUAUGCAUGUCGGGAAGUGCCGGUAACAACAAAACAAGUUCCACACAUGCUGUAGAAUGCUGUAGACUUUGAUCCAGGUGUCAACAUCAGCAUGGGCAUUUUAUUCCUUUAUUUCGUAGUUUUCUUAAACGCAUUGCUGUUCCUGCUGUAUUUUACCGGCAUGUGGGUCGUAGUAGACUUCAUCAAGCUAUUAUUUGUAGUCGUAUACCAGGUUUUUCAAGCGCUGGCCCAGUUCGUUUUUCCAAGACGCAAAUCGCUUCGCGGGGAGACGGUUCUUAUUACUGGUGCAGCUAGCGGGAUUGGUAGAUUAACAGCUCUGAUCCUCGCAAAGAAGGGUUGUAAGCUUGUGUUAUGGGACAUCAACUUAGAAGCACUGAAGGCAGUAGCUCAAGAGAUACAAGACCUUGGAGCAGAGACGCACUACUUUGAAUGUGAUGUGAGGAAGAAGGAUGAAGUAGAAAAAGUUGCAAAUGCUGUUGAAGAUCAAGCAGGGAAUGUUACCAUUCUUAUCAAUAAUGCAGGAGUUGUUACAGGAAAGAAGUUUCUUAACUGCAGUGAGAGUGAUGUUAUGAGGACCUUUCAGGUCAAUUCUCUUGCUCAUAUUUGGACCAUACAGCGAUUUAUACCAUCCAUGAUGGAGAAAAACAGGGGACAUAUAGUAUCCAUUGCAUCUGUGGCAGGAUAUUUUGGACUAGUAGGAUGUGUUGACUACUGUGCUUCCAAGUUUGCUGCUGUUGGGCUGAUAGAGGCAUUAAGAAGAGAGAUUCAUGGCUUAGGAAAAAUGGGUAUUGAGUUUACAACUAUCUGUCCCCACUUCACUGCAACUGGAAUGUUUGCUGGUGUUAAGCUUAAAUACCCAAAUUUGCCCGGUUUGGGAGAACUGAAGCCAGAGUUUGUAGCAGAGAAAAUCGUUGAUGGAAUUGAGACUAACAGUCGUACAGUGUUUAUUCCAUUUAUGUCCCGAAUCAGCUACUAUCUGCAGACAGUGAUUCCUACGCAUUCCUCUGAUAUGCUCGUCCGUUUCUUGGGAGGUGACGAGGCCAUGGAUACAUUUGUGGGGCGGCGACAGACUAAGACAUGAGAGUGCUCUGCUUCUCUCAUCUUCUAACAACAAGUAUGAUCCAUGCUGUAGAAAAAAAGGGUUUGGCUCAAGAAACUUGCUGCUUCAAUAGACAAAGUAAAAGAAAACUUGAAUUCUUUGAAUUUCUUUAGCUGGAUGUGUAGUAAAAUUGUGUUAAUUGUUACGUUUUAUUGUUUUCAGUGAAAUAAGACGUGAAUACAGUACUGUACCGACAUUAACAUUGUGAAUUUUCAAAUGCAUAGUAUUAGUAUCUUUUGGUGUUUAUCUGAGACUAAGAAACAUAGAGAAAAAGGAGGUGUUUCAUCAAAAUAAAUAAGGAAAUAUUUCCCAAAAAUCAAGUGAUAAUAGAGCGUUAAUUAUGUAGAGUAGGAACUGAGUUUUAUCAUAAAUAUUUUUUUCUUUAAACUAAAUUCAGAUGGGAAAAAGUGUAUAAAAGUAUUCUAUUGUUUGUAUAACGUUGUUUUCUGUACAAUAAAAUUAAAUAAAAGGGAAUAUGAAUGCAA